AUGGCAGAAAGCACGAAGACCGAAGCGGUGAGCGCCAUCUACUUGCGGGAGGCGGAACCCACGGGGCGCCGAGACGGACGGAGCGCCGACGACGCGGAGCGGCGGACGUUCACGGUGGAGGAAGCGGUGGAGCGCGUGGGAUUCGGAAGAUUCCACGUCUUGCUUUUCGUCGUCAUGGGAAGCGCCAACAUCGUGGAGGCCAUGGAGAUCAUGUUGUUGGCGGUGGUUUCCCCCGAGAUCCGUUGCGAGUGGCGUCUGGAAGACUGGCAGGUGGCGCUGGUGUCCACGAUGGUGUUUCUCGGCUUCAUGGCGUGCGGCGUGCUCAGCGGCUACGUGGCGGACCAAUACGGCCGACGGAAGGUUCUUUUUGGAGGUUUCGUGUGGAGCGCCUACUUCUCUCUCCUCACCUCCUUUGCGCCGUCCUACACGUGGUUCAUCUUCCUGCGCAGCAUGGUGGGCUGCGGCGUGGCGGCGGGCUCCCAGGGCUACGUGUUGAAGACCGAGUUCAUCCCGUCCAAGUACCGGGCCAUCCUGCUGCCGCUGGCCUCCAUCUUCUGGAUGUCGGGAUCCGUGCUGAUCAUCGCCCUGGGAAUGCUGGCGGUCCCCACGCUAGGAUGGAGAUGGAUGAUCCGUCUGUCGGCGCUUCCGAGCGUGUUCCUCCUCUUCCUCUUCAGGUUGGUUCCCGAGUCGGCUCGCUUCGACGUGUCCGCGGGGAACGUCGGCGCCGCCGCGGACACGCUGCGACGGAUCGCCCGGAUGAACGACGCCUCCCUGCCGCCGGGACGUCUGGCGGAGAGCGUGGCGAAGAAAAGAGGGAGCUGGAAGGAUUUGCUGAAUUCCACCUUCAGGAGGACGUCCUUGCUUCUCUGGUACUCGUGGUUCGUGGCCUCCUUGGCCUAUUACGGUUCGGUCCUGAGCAGCUCGGAGCUCCUGGAGAAGAACUUGUUGUGCGUGACGGACGGCCACCGCCCCCGUCGGGCCGCUCGCCGCUCGGACGACGCCCGGUGUUACUGCGUCCCCUUCGCCCAGGACGACUACCGCACGCUUCUCGUCAGCUGCCUGGGGGAGGUUUCACUGAUUCCGCUCAACAUCUUCCUGUUGAAAGUAUUGGGUCGGCGGAGGAGUUUGCUGCUGUUGCAGCUGACGGCGGCCGUCUUCUUCGUGCUGCCUAGCAUCUGCGCCAGCACGUCGGGCUUCACGCUGCUCUUCUUCCUGCUGCGCUCGGCGGUCUCCAUGAACUUCUCGGCCGUCUACAUCUACACCGCCGAGGUUUAUCCCACCGUAUCGCGUUCGCUGGGGAUGGGCGCCUGCACGUCGGUCAGUCGUCUGGGAGGGAUGAUCGCUCCCUUUAUCGCCCAGGUGCUCAUGUCUAAGUCGGUGAUUCUGGCGCUGAGUCCCUUUAGCGCGGCUUGCGCUCUCUGCGCCGUGGGGAGCUUCCUGUUGCCCAUUGAAACCAAAGGGCGAGCUCUCCUGAGAAAGAAUGCGGCCGCGCCACUGCACGGAAGCUACCGAGUGCAAAAGAAGAAAGCAGCCCGCGGUCCGUUAAGCUCGUUUAAGCAGACGGAUUACCGCGGUCUGACCCGCGAGUGCGACUAG